UCAGCCUCCCUGUGUGCCACGGAGGGAGCUCUCACUGUGAAAAGUACAGCAAGCCUCUCAUCAACAUCUCCAGGUCAGGAGCAAAAGUCCAAUGGUCAGCACCGCCCGCCUGCCUUCCUGCCUGGCCUUUGAAUGUUUGCAUCGCUACUCCUGCUCAGAGCACCCACACUGCAUGAGGGCUUGACCGGGUUUAAAGCAGAUCCGCAUUGAUUUAGAAAAGUUAGGCCGGUGAAUCGCAGUCAUGUCUGGACAAAAUAGAUUCGUGAGCCCGUUUCACAGACCCAAGUGUUUGGCCGCUGCAGCUCCGGCGGGGAAAGCCAAACUCACGCACCCUGGCAAGGCUAUUCUGGCAGGUGGGAUAGCAGGAGGCAUAGAGAUCUGCAUCACCUUCCCCACAGAGUACGUUAAAACGCAGCUGCAGCUUGACGAAAGGGCAAAUCCUCCCAAAUACAAAAGCAUCGGUGACUGUGUGAAGCAGACGGUGAACAGUCAUGGGGUGAGGGGUCUUUACAGAGGUCUAAGCUCACUGCUGUAUGGCUCUAUACCUAAAGCAGCUGUCAGGUUUGGGAUGUUUGAGUUCCUCAGUAAUAAGAUGCGCGAUGAAAACGGUAAACUAGACAGCAAGCGAGGAUUCCUCUGUGGCCUGGGGGCUGGAGUGGCAGAAGCUGUGUUUGUAGUCUGUCCCAUGGAGACAGUUAAGGUCAAAUUUAUCCAUGAUCAGACAUCAGCAAAGCCAAAGUACAAGGGCUUUUUCCACGGGGUGAGGGAGAUUGUUAGAACUGAAGGACUGAAGGGGACUUACCAAGGCUUAACAGCCACCGUGUUGAAACAAGGCUCCAACCAGGCCAUCCGCUUCUACGUCAUGACUUCACUGAGGAACUGGUACAAAGGGGAUGACCCGAACAAAGCCAUUAACCCCUUGAUAACUGGACUGUUCGGAGCGGUUGCUGGUGCUGCCAGUGUGUUUGGAAACACUCCCCUGGAUGUCAUUAAGACCAGAAUGCAGGGUCUCGAAGCUCACAAGUAUAAAAGCACAAUGGACUGUGCCGUCAAGAUCAUGAAGCACGAGGGACCAAAGGCGUUCUACAAAGGUACUGUUCCUCGGCUGGGUCGGGUGUGUCUGGACGUGGCCAUAGUCUUCAUUAUCUAUGAGGAAGUUGUGAAGGUCCUGAACAUUGUGUGGAAGACGGACUGAAAUGGGGCACUGCGCAAGCAGGAGUGUUGGGACAGGUCGUUCACAUUAUUAACCAGACCAGGUCCCAACCCAGUCUCCUUAAACCCUGCUUCUAGGUUCUAAUAUCUACCUCUAAGUGAUUUUCAGAAGGAAAGACAGGGAUCGGUAUGUUCUUGAUUUUAUUUGUAACACAGCUAUCACAAGUGGAAACAUUGUCUGCAAGAAAACAAGCUCCAGAUUGCAGUCGCUGCUUACACUUGCUCUUUUUGCCUAAAUUCCAGAAGGGGGGGGGGAGUUCCUUAAGAGCUCAGGGAAAGGAACGGGGCUUUUUAUUUGGAUCUAAAUGACUAAAGAAAUGGUGAACCUGGCAGCACAGAGAAGCGUGUCUUACCUGCUGCGCUUUGAGUUCAGUUAUACCAGCGCGAUGGAUGUACUUUAAUCAAAGAGAAACCAAUUUCUGACCCAACAUAAUGUGAUUUAGACACUGUAGAUAAAGAGAUAUACUUGAAAUGAAAGAUUAUACCAGAGAUCAGACAUUUUAAAGCCCUUUUAUAUGCAAGUAUUUAGAUUAAAAAAAACGUUAUUUCAUUUAGUACCUGAUGAAAUAAUUUAUAUUCAGAUGUCGGCAGAGGCUAUAGGUACAUUAACUAGAAAUGCCUUAAAUCAGUGGUUCUCAAUGUGGGGUCCUUAGGGGUGUUCCAGGGGUCUUUCUGGGUGUUUCAGGGGGUCCCUAGCAAAAAGGGGGAAAUCAUUUAUUUUCGCUAUUCCAUCCAUAAGUAACACAAUGAGAUAAACUAUUUUGGGUCACAGGUUUUAUACACUUUCUGUAAUCAAAUCUAAAAGUAAAAGCCCUAUCAGAGGGGCGAGCCCUAAUUAAUCGUGAUUCCAGUUAAAUUGCGUUGUAUAUGUACAGUGCACAUUUCCAGAAAAUUGUGGUUGAGGUGGUGUAGCAAGGGUUCGCUUUUAAGUUGCAGAGAUUUUUUAUAAAUCAAUUAACUUACUAGAGUGAUGCUCUAAAAAAGUGCCUAUGUGUUGUAUGAUUCAUUUUGAGAUCUUUUGAGAUUAACAAUGUCCGUAGUCACUACAGAUGUUUUAAUAAUGCACUCAGUUGCACACACUGCAGUGGUCUUCAUAUCUUAUUAAUUAAUUGUAACUUUUAGUAUUUCGAUGAAUUUUCUGCUUUUCAAAUCGCCUUAAUUGCAUAGACAUGGCUGUUUGAGGAAUGCCAUUAACAGUGCCUUCCAUAUCAUUCCAUGAAGGACGAGUGGUUUAGGAAUGCUUUUAUUGCAGAUUUCCCGGUUCUGUGUUUUAAUUUAGAACUGCGUUGCAUUAAUUGCCUUUUUACUUUUUACACCAACUGAUGACCCAAUGUGCCAACUGCUGCUCACGUAUAUUAACGACAUGUUACAGACUGGAGUUUGUAGCUUGGGAGUCUGACAUGUUUACAUGCAAUGCAAUUAAUUGUCUGACAAAUGUUUACUUUGAGCCACCUUGAUCAGCUUCAGCCUGACUUUGCAUACAUGUAGACUUUUUUUUUUUGUCAGAGCUAUUUAAAUAUCUUGGGAGUUUUAAUAUUAACACAUGAAACAUGUCCAGUAGUUAAAACCACGUAUUGUGCCUUCAGUCUAAUUAAUUCUAAUAUGGAUGCUGAAAAAUAAACAUUGAAUUAAACUGUUAA